AUGGAGGAAACCUUGUUGUCAUUAAACUCGUACCUUGAGAAGACGGUGGAGCUUCUUGAAAGGCAGGAUAUCCGUCAACAGCUGGAGGACUCACUCCACAACCAUGAGCCAGGAGUUCUGCCCAGUGCAAACGCCGCAGCCUUAGCCAAUCAGUCAAUUGACCUUCUUCAUCAAGUGGAGCAGUUGCUCGAACCGGGCCACCUAGUUCUGGCAGACCACUUCUUCGGCUAUGUGUAUGCAAAAUGUCUGCUGGGCGCCGUUAACCUCGACAUAGCCGACAAGCUAGAGGCGAACGGACCCAUGACCAUUGAAGACCUCGCUAAAGCCUGUGGUGCUCGCGCGGACCGUCUUCAACAGGUCUUGCGCGUCUUGUGCUGUAAUGGCAUAUUCUCUUAUCAAGAAUCAACUGGUUACUUCAGCAACAAUCAUACCUCGACAUUGCUGCUGUCCAACCACUGGACACAGUGGCGGGAAUGGGUCAUUCUUUACGGAACCCAGUUUUACGACAUGGCACGUGGGAUUCCAGAUUCGCUGGUGGAAGGAGUCGAUCGCUGGCCCGCUCAGAUCAAUUUUGACACCAAUGACAAUAUGUUCACCUAUUUCCAGAACCAGGGCUGGCUGCCACAACUCCAUCGCACCCUUGGCGCUGGGGCCGCCGCUCAGGCACCGGGAAUACUUGCCGAUUAUCCGUGGGAGGAAGUUGCCAAUGAGACGGUGAUUGACAUCGGUGGCGGCGGCGGUGCGCUUGUUGCACUGCUACUUCGGGAGCACAAACAGAUGAUCGGAGGUGUCUACGACCUUCCCGCGGUGAUUGAUCAUAUCAACCCGGAUUUCCAUUCCCGAGGGGGUCGAUUUGCAGACCUAGGACCACGUGUCCCAAAGGAAAAUCUCAUCGCAGGGGACUUCUUUUCAUAUAUCCCCCCGUCCAAGGUGUACACACUCAAGUGGUGUCUGCAUGAUUGGAAAGAUGAAGAGGCAGUGAAAAUCCUUCGGAAAAUUCGGGGCGCUAUUAUUAUGAGCCCAGGAAGUAGACUAGUGGUUCUGGAAUCGAUUCUGGACUAUACCCAUAGCUCCCGUCUGUCCCGGUAUGGAGAUAUGAAUAUGAUGAUUACUGCAAACGGUUUGGAGCGGACUAUGGCAGACUGGCAUAGACUGGCCAAACAGGCAGGAUGGGAGAUUUUCAAUGUGCAUCAUCUGAGGAAUUCAUGGCCAUGUGCGAUUGAUAUGAGGCCAUUAGUGGGGGAUGAUGUGUUGCAUAGUUCUUUAGCUUGA